AUGGCAUCGAAAGAGCGUGCGUCCGAUAUUAAGAUACCGAAUACGUUGGGGCAGCAGUCGGGCCUGGACAUAGCAUGGAUUACGGAUCAGCAGUUUGCGUGCUAUGCUUUCGGUGGCCAAGGAAAUCGCGAACGCGCUCCGGUUAAAAAUCUUUCAUCGGUGGAUGUGAAUCUGGUUGGUGCCGAUUUCAUAUUCGAAGAGCCAACGAUAAGAUCGAUGGUAACGGAGGGCAGUCGAGUGUUUUACCGGCUGCAGCGAUUACGGUACGACGUUGCCGAACAACAUCUCGCCAAACCUAUCGAUUAUGUGAAAGUAUCGCAAAAAUAUCGUUCCAUCGUGCGCCGAGGCUUGCAGACGAUGAAUCAACAGGUUAGCGAGCUGGCGGACGAUGAUCCUUCCCUGGAAGCGUACCGGAACUUGAUCAGCUUGUUCUAUUCGAUCGAAUGCACCUGGCAUUUGCUAGAGUUUCUGAUCAUCGACAGCAACUCAUCCGGUGCGAUCGUUUCGUCGCUGCUGGAGUGGAUUCGGUUCCAUUUCCCCGAACCAGAGCGUGCAGCAACCGAGAUGCUGCAGAAUGGCCGGGAACUGGACAAGCAGGAAGAUUAUUGGCCAGUGGUAAAAGGGCUAAUACUUCAAGGACAAACCACGAUCGCUCGGGCGUUGUUGCGCGUCCACACAAGCUCCGAAACGCACUGCUUCCAGAUGGCCGAACAGUUGCUCCAAUCCAUACCGAUCUACAGCGUGUACAGUGGACUGUCGGUGCAUCGGUACAAAACGCAAUGGCAGUGCUGGUGUGACAAUGUGCGUACGCUCGUUGCGGCCGGAAAUUUCGCCGCCGAACCGAAACUGGAGGAACUGUUUCGGCUGGUGAGCGGCGAACGGAAGGCGUGGUCCGAACAGCUUCGAUCUUCGACGUGCUGGUACGAACAUUUCCCCGGCUAUCUGCUGUACACUGAUUCCAGCUGCAAGUACUAUCAGCUGGGCCAGUACGCCAACGAUUGGAUUGCCCAGUUUCUGACGAACUGCCGAGCUGCUCCGAACAACGCGUCCAGCGAGCGACAGUUUAAGUUUCUGGACAAGCUCGUCCUCUCGGUGAUGGAGAACAAUCUGGUGAACGUGCUGCAACAGGUACAACUGUUCCCGGACAAUCGUUGGUUUGCGGUACACAUUGUCGAUCUGCUGUAUCACGCCGGUCUGCUCGAGAUGAAUGCUGCCGAUGAAGAAGAGAUCACAUCACCGUCGAAGCAGCAAUCCUCACGCGGUGUUGAAGUAUCUGACGGGAAGCUGGUCCGGGAAUCGUUACUGUUCGACUACGGUAGCCUUCUGAUGUCGCGCAGCUCGUUUUGGCAAAUCGGUAUGGAUUAUUUGGAGUUUUCCUCUACCGAAGGUUUGGGCGCUCGAGAGGUCCUUUUGGCACGCGUUCCUUUCCAUACCGAGCGCCAAGCCGAUCGAAUCAUUGCCGUCGCACGCCAGGCCGGAUAUCCCGAGGUCGUGACGGAAAUUUGCAAAGUCAUGACGAAGCGAAGUCUCGCGCACAAGAACUACAGCAGUGCCCUCGACUGGGCGACACGUUCGCGGGAUAGUUCGUACGUGCGUGAUGUGGCGAACAUCUUUCUCGAACACUACUGCAACCAUGGUGAGCUGCUGUGCGAGCAGCAGGUUUCCCAUCUUGGUUCGAAAGUAUUCAUCUCAUCCCGACUGGUGUUCCUGGGGGCAUACUAUGAUUUCCGUCGAUUCUACCGGGAGCGAUCAUACGACAAAGCGGCGGAUCUGCUGGUGCGUCUGAUGGAUUCGAAGAUCAUGCCAUCGUACUUCUGGCCGUGCCUAAUGGCAGACGCGGUACCCCUGUUGGAGUUUAGCGAACCGAUCAUUCCCUCCAAGGAAACGUACACCAUUCUGGAACAUCUAGAGAUGGAUCUUGUGCCAAUGCUCGAACAGCGUCGUAAGAAGCAGUCGAACAGCAGCGAACCAGCGACGGAUAUCAGCAUGGAUCAUGAAACGGAUAAAGAUCACGAUCAAACAGCAUUACUGCCGAAGUUUUAUUCCAAUCUGCUAAACAACUGCACGGAAGAUUUGGUUAAAAUAUUGCGCCUGGCGUGUGCACGAAAUCUUUCCCGUGCACUCAUUAUCGAAAAUACUGAUCCGGCAAAUAAUAAAUAG